AUCCCAUCUUUUCUCUCUUUCUCUUCUCUUCUUCAUCCUCUUCGCCUCCUCCACUCCCACUUCUCCUCUCUGUUUCUCUUUCUCUUUCUCUUUCUCUUUCUCUUUCUCCCUCUGCUUCAAAACAAUCCCCUUUUUUCUCCGAUUCAUGGAACCUUUCCAUUCGAUUCCUCACUCCCACCUCUUAAUUCCCUUCAAUUCCUUCUGAACUUCCCUUUGACUUUCCACCCAUAUCUCAUGGCUGCCUUUCCUCAUUGCCCUCUUCUUCUUCUUCUUCUUCUUCUACUUCCUUUCUUCUUCUUCCAUCUCCUUUACGCCAGCCCUGGUGACUCUGAUCCUAUUUACAAGGAUUGUGUGGUGCAGUGCGAGAAAUCUGGGUGUGCUGGUGACAAAUGUUUUCAUCAUUGCAAAUUCUCAUCGGAUGGGAAGCCUGUAGAUGGUCCAUGGUAUCUGCAGGAACCUUUAUAUUUACGAUGGAAACAGUGGGACUGCCAAACCGAUUGCAGGUAUCACUGCAUGCUUUCUCGGGAAGAAGAAAGAACUAGUCUUGGUGAUAAACCUGUCAAAUACCAUGGAAAAUGGCCAUUUAGAAGAGUCUAUGGCAUUCAGGAACCAGUUGCAGUUGCUCUUGCUACUCUCAAUCUUGCCGUGCAAUUUCAUGGCUGGAUAUCAUUUUUCAUUCUUCUUUACUACAAGCUUCCAUUGAAGCCCAAUAAGAAGACCUACUACGAGUACACAGGGUUGUGGCAUAUCUAUGGAAUCUUAGCCAUGAAUUCUUGGUUUUGGAAUGCUGCAUUUCACUGUAGAGAUGUGGAGUUGACUGAAAAGCUGGAUUAUUCUUCAGCUGUGGCAUUUAUUGGAUUUUCGCUAAUUGUAGCUAUACUGCGAGCCCUUAAUGUGAGGGACGAGGCUGCAAAAGUCAUGGUAUCUGCCCCAAUUAUCUCAUUCGUCACAACCCACAUCUUGUAUCUGAACUUCUAUAAACUUGAUUAUGGACUGAAUGCUAAGGUCUGCCUGGUGAUGGGCAUUACUCAACUUCUUGUUUGGGCAGUUUGGGCAGUUCUUUCUCGCCAUCUGUCACAAUGGAAGUUGUGGAUAUUAGUCUUCGGCGGUGCUGUUGCAAUCCUUUUAGAGGCAUUCGAUUUCCCUCCUUAUGGAGGAUAUGUGGAUGCUCACGCACUCUGGCACGCAACUUCAAUUCCUCUUUCAUAUAUUUGGUGGAGUUUCGUGAGAGAUGAUGCUGAAUUUAGAACUUCUGCUCUUCUCAAGAAAGUGAAGUAGCAGAUCUGAUAUCAUCAGAUGGAAGAAUUUCACAAAACAAUUUCAUUUCAAUUUUAGUUCAUCAACCCCCUGGUAGGUUCCCUUGUUUUUUCUGGUGUUGCUCGGUGAAAUACUAAAAUGUUACCCUGACAUGUUCUUUGUAUAAUGAUAUUUGAAUAUCAGGACCAAUAAGUUUUCUUUUUCAUUUCACUUCGUUUUUUACUUCUUGGUCCUGAGAAAUUUGUUGGUCAACAAGAUAAAAAAAAAAAAGGUCCCACAGCACCAGGGCAGUUAGUUUUUUACAAUGUAAACAUGCAAAUAUUUUGCUGAUAUCAGCAGUUUAUGUUAGCCAGUUUCUGAUAUUAUGCAGUUUGCUUUCUCAAAUAUAAUCCAUUUUCCACU